AUGUUUUUCACUUCUGUCUUAUAUUUUUCAUUUGUUGUUGUUACAUUCUUCAAUGAAUUUCAAUGGGUUAAUUCUAAUGGUAACUGUACAUGUCCAGAUGAUUUAACAGAUGGUCCUAAUAUUGGACCUGAACCACCUCUUCCACGUGAAAAUGGUUCACGAGUACCUUCAGAUUGGCAAUGGAUACCUGUGCCACUUGACGACCUAUUAAGUAAUGAUCCUGACGUACGGCACUUAGCUCAAAGCUUAUUGUUAGAAAAUACAAUGUACUCGCUUUUAUAUGCUCGAGAAAUUCGAGCAAGACGUCGAUACUAUGCCAAGGAACGAGAACACAUUAGAAAUAAACAAUUGCGAUAUAACGAAUUUAUGAAGGAACAAUGGAAGAAAGAUCGAAUGAACUCAUUACCAUGGAGAUGUACAAUUUUACGACGAUAA